AUCCGCGUCUGUUAAAAUCUUGUUCUGGUUUUCUUGAGUGAGGUCUGUGCCUGCCGAGUCUGCCGACGUGCCUCUCCCGUGCAGCCCCCUCAACGAAAGCAGUUCAUGCUAAGAGUCUGGCGUUUUUUUUUAAGAGAGAGAAACAUCUGCAUAAUAGCAGGAAAGUGGAUAAAACCACACAGCUGGCCUCGUUUUUUUUUCUUUUCGUUUUGUCUUUUCUCAAAUGUGACUGAAAGAGCGGGGCAGCAAAAGAAGGAGACGAAGGAGAAGAGAGUUGCUGUAGGUUUUGGACCGCGAGUGGAACUGUCAGUGUGAUUUGGGGUAACCGUUUGCAGUGUUCAACUUUUUAUUCCUCCGCUAACCUGGCGAGCUCGACCCCUCUCUUCUUGCAACGCGGAGCUGUUUUUUUUCUCUCCUUCCAAGCGAGGAGACUUUCGUGCUCUUCCCCCCCCCCCCCCCCCCCCCCCGCGCUUCAUAGGAACAGCUUUAACUUUCUAGGUUUAAAAAAAUAAAUACAACGAUCGGAUUGCAUUUUCCCCUUUCAAACAUUUUGGAGGUGAUGUCAUCGAGCUGUGUUUUGGCUGGUAUUGUAUCGAGGAGGCGCAGGGAGAAGUGUUGCAGCCAGGCGGCAAUCAACGGCUGAGGGCGGCGGGCGCGUCCGGAAAAUCAGGUGCAAAGUGCGGCUGUCAUUUCCUCCCCGAGUCCGCCACCCAGUCGCGGCUGCUCCCGUACCGCCUCAGCUACCCCCGCUCCCUCGUCACGUCCCUUCAGCAGACUGCUCUGAGCUGGACCGCCGCAGGACCUCAAAGACAUUUGCGAACGGACACGGCGGUGUCACUGGAGCGUCAGACAAGCGGAGGCGUCGCGGGUGAGCCGACAUGACCGAAGGUACUUUGCAUCACCCUGCGACCGCAGAGCCUCCCUCUCCCACCUGCUGUGUGCGCGAGCAUCAUUCUCACGUUGACAAGAGGCUCCAACAGUUACUGGACCUACUAAGCCGGGACUGAAGCUCAUUUGCCGCCGUCAUCUCGUGCGUAGCGCACAUUCCCACUUCCGCACCAGACGGUUGGAUUACGCAUGCCAUUACGCGCGCGUCGCAUCGUUCCACGGGGUUGCUGAGGGUGAGCAGGAUUUGGGGAGUUUGACAAUUUCCCCCGGCGUGGACAGCUGUUCGAGGUUGCCCUGCGGUCACAGUGGCCCCGCUACUGCGGCCUCAAACACCAGUUUACCCACGGCCGCUUAUUUAUUCUCCACGCUGUGGGAACUGGGCCACGCCGUCGCCGAUGCCAACUGGAGUGGCCGCUCACUCUUUGACUCUGCCUAACAUCCACCGGAUUUCAACCGCAGAGGCAAACUCUCCGGACUGUCGGACUGGCUCAGGCCGAGCGAGGAGACUGACUCUGGGCCAAGUUCCAUAGUGGAGGGGGGAAGCGAUGUGGUCCCUUCUUUCCACGCUGACCGUCUUAUGUAUCCAGAUGUUGCUGGUGAUGUGCAAUCCAUUACAGGUACUCGGUGUGGAUGGGGUCAACUUCAGUGUGCAUGUGGAGAACCAGACACAGGUGCGAGACACCAUGAGUCGACGACACCACCGGGUUUACCAACUCUACAGUCGCACCAGCGGCAAACAUGUCCAAGUGCUGGGACGCCGAAUCAGUGCCCGGGGAGAAGAUGGAGACAAAUAUGCCCAGCUCGUAGUGGAGGCAGACACCUUUGGUAGCCAGGUGAGAAUCCGGGGCAAAGAAACGAACUUCUACUUGUGCAUGAACCGCCGGGGCAAGCUGGUAGGAAAGAAGGCCAGUAACAGAAGCGCCGACUGUGUUUUUGUGGAAAAGGUUCUGGAAAACCACUAUACAGCUCUGAUGUCCGCACGCUACACGGGCUGGUAUGUGGGCUUCACAAAAAGAGGGCGUCCUCGCCGCGGGCCCCACACGCUCCCCAACCAGCAGGAUGUACACUUCAUGAAGCGUUUCCCGCCUGGGGAGCAACCUGACCUCACCACACCAUUUCGCUUCACCACCAUCAGCAAGAGAGGCAAGAGGGUGCGUGCUACUGGACCUCGCUAACGGCGGCAAACGCCCGAACUCAAGUUGCCUGAAAGCCUUGACCUGAGCCUGCCAAUGGCUGAACCAGUCAACCAAAAACCAUUCGCAUUCCACUGAACAACUCGCUUUGUUGGGCCAAACAUUGACUAGAAAACUUGAUGAAUCAUUCAUGGGGUUUCUCUUUAAACCAACCUUUUUGCCACUGCAGCCCCGUAGUUGUAGAGCAUUUCUCUUUUUUUCCCUUCCUGGGACCAACUGGACCCUUGGUGGUCCAUCACUGGAAGCGAUAUGGACCUGGUCUGCUUCCCUUCACAGACCAGAACUAUUGACAGAAUACCUGAAGGGCAGCCAAAAGAGUCCAAGGCUCACGGCUCCACAAAGGCCUUCAUUCCACAACCACAAAAAACACAUGGCCUUUUUACAUCUCCUGCUGUGGACCAGCUGGACAAUAUCAAGAAUGGAAUUGCAACUGGCCCAUACAGAGAGAGGACAAGGGUGUAAAGGGGUGAGUGGGUGCUCAGUCUAGAGGGAAAAGACUGCAACGUGGACAAAGGGAUAGAAUGAUCUGCACAGAUCAAGGACCAAUCAUGGACUCCUGACAUGUGACACACUUGUUCCUCUCAGCGCUAGAUCGGUGGGAACCUGUGAGAGUUAUUGAUGGAUGAAUGGAUCAGUGAGGGAACGGGCCGACGGACUAACUGAACACAUGCAUGUCUCUAAGAACAAAAACACAAAAACGAAGAAAUGAACGCAUGUUGUGCGUGUGUUUGUGCAAGCGCAUCAACAACAAGCAUGAGAGACUUUGGAGACUCCGACGUCAGGGAGCAACUGGAAUGUAUAGAACAAAUGUACCAAAAAAAAAAAAAAAACCAUCCGCCAUUAACAGAACACCAAACGAGUGAGCAACCAAAGACAACGGAGGGCCUUCUUCAGGACUCCUCCCUUUUACCAUGACCCACAGAGGACACAGCACCCUCUGCUUGGAAGUGCACGGGGCCGAUGAUGAGCACAGAGGGGGAGCACAUGAGGGAAGGUGCCUUCUCUAUAAGCAUUACUAUAGAAACGACCCCCAGGGGAUGAUGCUCCUGUGCGAUACCGUGGACACAGAAUGCUGCUACCAGGACAUUCAAUGCAACAAACCAAAGUCUCAUGCGUACGCCCAUGAGAACAAAUUAUUAAAGGGAACAAUUUAUUGAAAGCUAUAUAUAAAACAGAAACACGAAAUAAGCAAUCCUACUAUGAUGGCUAGUAUAAUUAUUAUGAUAAAAUUAUUUCAUUUAUUUAUUUCAGCUAUGUGUGCAGCAGUCUUUCUUGACUCAGUAAACCUUACAGAACUUU